GGGGGGGGGGGCGCGGCCGGGGCGCGCAGCCCCCGCAACCCGCUCCCCGCACCCCCGGCCGCCCUUCCUGGGGCUGACCCAGGGCCCGGGCCCGGGACGUCGAGGACGCUGCCAGGCGGUAACCGGAGCCGGGAGCCGGACCAGGUGAGAAUCACCCUUCUUUUAAAACCGGUGCGGGAUGAGCCAGGGCGGGCCGGCUCCGUGAAUCCUCUGAGAAAUCGGUUUGAGAAGGAAAGGAGAGAAAACGAAAAGUUGGAGGAAGAACAGAGAGAUCAGAGCUGAGGACGAUCUGCAGGUUCAUCAGCAGGGAGACCUCCAGCUGUGACAUAUGCCCGUGCCGCCGCCACCGCCGCCGCCUCUGCCCCCACCCCCACCGCCCACCGGGGCACCUCCACCCCCUCCGCCUUUGGCCCCUCUGCCCAGCGCAGAGGCCCCCAGACUCAAGGACGUGCCCCAAGGUCGCAGUGCGCUGCUGGCAGACAUCCAGCAAGGGACUCGCCUAAGGAAAGUCACCCAGAUCAAUGACCGCAGCGCCCCCCAGAUCGAAACUUCAAAAGGAGCCAACAAAGAAAGCGGAGGUGCUCCCGGGAACUCCAGAGGGGGCAACCCACAGGCCCUGGGAGGGCUGUUUGCAGGGGGCUUUCCAGUGCUGAGACCGGCCGGCCAGAGAGAUGGCUCAGGUGCCGGGUCCAGAGCUCCAUCCCCUCGGCUUCCCACUAAGGGCAUCAGCGGGCCGCCCAACCCCCCCGCGUCUCCCAGGCUCGGACAUGCGGCCGAAGGCCCUUCCCGCUCCGUCCCUCCGCGCCCCAGCGUGCCCGCCCCGCCCCCUCCCAGCACCCCUCCCCCGCCGCCCCCUCCCCUCCCUCAGCCCGUGUCUCUCUCUGCCAUCGUCAGGCCCCCCCUCGUGUCUCCCCCGGCUCCGAUGACCAAGACGAGCGCCCAGAUGGCGGCCCCCCCGCCGCCCCCCACGCCCCCUCCCCCUCCUCCUCCCCCACCGGGGCAGAGCGAGAAGGGGGCCAAGCCCGGGCCGUUGAGCCCGCCCCCUCCUCCGCCCCCGCUCCCUCUGCUCCCCCCCUGCGGGUUUCCCGGGCCAGCGGCCGAAGCUUCUGGUCCGGCCCCGCCCCCCCCGCCGCCCCUCCCUCUGUAUUCCUCUCCCUCUCCCCGGUCCUCCCUGCCCCCGACCCCUUCGCCGGGCGCCGCCGGCCCUGCUCUCCCUCUCCAGUCCCCUAAGGCGGGCGGCCUGCCCCCCACUCCCCCGGCUCCUCAGCCCGCGGUCCCGGCGCAGAAGAAGAGGCCCGGCCGCGGGGCAGGGACCGGCGGUGGGAAGCUGAAUCCCCCUCCAGCACCCCCGGCAAGAUCCCCAACAACAGAGCUGUCCAGCAAGAGUCAGCAGGCCUUGGCCUGGGUGGGCGCCCCACAGCCUGGGGCACCCUUGAAGAAUGGAAACUUCCACCUCACAGAUGACUUUGAGUCCAAAUUUACUUUUCAUUCGGUAGAAGAUUUCCCGCCUCCCGACGAAUACAAGCCAAGCCAGAAGACGUAUCCCAGUAAGGUCCCCAGAAGCCCAACUCCAGGUUCCUGGGUCCCAGCAGAAGCAACCGGCCGGGGCACCGAGGAUGCCAAGGGUCGGAACUCUCAGUUACCGUUGAAAACCCUACGGUAAGAAGACAUGAAGUAAAAGUCCCUCAUCACGUCCUGGUUCAUUGAGUGGAAUGGAGGAUCUGCCCAGGCACGCCAUCAGCAACCACACCAAACUCAAGUUUUUGUUUUUCAUCUGACAAAUAGCUCGGAAGCGAGCCCUUAUUUAUUCUAGUUAGGUCGUUUGCACAGGCUUUGAAUCAGUGUUGUACCUGUAUUUUAUUUUAGUGAUUUAUUUUUUCACACGCCCGGAUCGCGGCAGCCCGUUUGUCCAAAGCAGUAUAAAAAGGAGCUCUGCCCCAGCUGAGAAGUGCUACGGGGGAGAGGACGUCCGCUUCUCUCCCUGCCCAGUGUUCAUUCUGUGACUGUAAAUAGCCAGUGGGCUGGCCCUUCCUGUGUCUUUAGGAAAAGAAAACCUUUUUUGAAUUAGCUUUAGAAAAGUUUUAGCUAAUCCCUGUGUUCAAGAGCACUUGGCAACUCAUCAACGACACGACUUCAGAGUUUAAUUGCACCAGCUAGGUAAUGAAACCAAAAAACGCCUUUUGCAGAAUGGAUGGACAGGCAGUGCACCCGCACUACAGCGAUGGACGUCACCCGUCAGCGCGGAAUGACCGGGAUGUCAUGGCUCUCGCCCUCUUCCCCCUUUCCCUCUGAUCCUCGAUAUGUGGUUUUUGUUGCCUAAUGUAAAUAUGACCCUUAAUAAAAAAGAAGGAAUUUUGUUUCCAUA